AUGAUCUGGCAGCAUUGGUUGGUCGGCCAUCCAGCCGGCCAGGCAUUGCUUGUCAGCAUCCAAACGGCCCAGCAAUUACAUCAACGAUCCGGGGUACCCUCGAUCAACGCUGCCCCUCAUCCAUCCUACAAUGGCGCAAGUGGAGAUGUUGCCCUUUCUCCAGACGUUUCCCAGCGCACCACAUGUCAUCGUCUGCCUCGCGCAGAUUCAGCUAUUGCCCGUGGAAGAAUAACCCAAAAGAUCUCUUUUCUUCACGUGUUGAGCAGGAAAAGUGUCCGUCUCGCCGUGUCUGCAGGGUACCGUCCUCCACCCGAAGCUGCCGUUAAGGCCCCCAUGGCUCUCCACACCAAGAAUCUUUCAUCUCUCAGGAAAAUUCCAUACCCAACUGGGACAGCAUCCACCAUGGGCUAUUGCGAAGAUGGAGAUGCUUGGCAAUAUUUGAAGUUUGUUGGUGUCCCUUACAACAAACAUGGGAUACGGAGAUCGAGGCACACUCUGGAGUGUAAACACUCAAGGCCUGGCAGCAAUGUCUCGCGGCUUCCCGGAUCUUCGAUGCCUGAGGUCCGACAGGGGCUGGCAGGAUUAGCGAUAUACAGGGGAGAUGAUCCACCGUUCCUUUUCAGGGAGAUGACGGGUGAUGGGAGUGGCGCCGCACUAGCAGCUUUUCCGCUGCAGCCAGACAACGACCGCUGCCUCUGCAAUGCGGAACGUUCCUGCAACCCCGGUUGUUUCUCCGCCUCCCUAGCAGAGACCGGGGCAAACGGGAUAUUGAAGAGCGUGCGCAAGCUGGACCCUGAUGAGCAUUUUGCCUCCUUGAUUGCAACGGUUCAAGGCAGCCAAUCAUCAUUGGCCUCUGUUUCAAAGACAUGCCGAACUGAGAUUCCUGUGUCAACAGCAACACUUCAAUGGAAUCACCGUGGAACUGCCCAAAACUUUCGUGUGAGCUUCCAUCUCGUGGCAAGGUCCGAGGACAAGAAGAAGUGGCAAAUAACAUCUGCCGUGAUAGCCCAAUAG